AUGUCUGGUGUGAGGACGCGAAACCAGGCUGCACAAGCAGCAUCUGCUCCCACCGAACAAGCCGAACAGAAUGGCAAUUUGCACACCAGUACGCCUGCCUUAAAAGCUGGCGAAAAGAAGCGCGAGAACAUUUUUCUAUUUGUACCCAACCUUAUCGGCUAUUCUCGAAUCAUUCUCGCUGUAGCAUCUCUGUACUACAUGCCCCUUCAUCCCAGAACCUGCUCUCUUCUCUACAGUGUCUCGUGUCUCUUGGACGCUCUUGAUGGCUAUGCUGCCCGACGAUUCGGUCAAUCCACGCGAUUCGGAGCUGUCUUGGACAUGGUGACCGACCGUUGUACUACCGCUUGUCUCUUGGUUUUCCUGAGCUCCGCGUGGCCGCGGUGGUCGUUACUCUUCCAAGGUCUCAUUAGUUUGGAUCUUGCAAGCCACUACAUGCAUAUGUACGCAACUUUGUCCAUGGGGGAUAAGAAUCAAAGCCACAAGAAGGUCGAUGAAAGCCGAAGCUGGGUGCUGAAUUUAUACUACUCCAAUAAUAAAGUUUUGUUCGCAUUCUGUGCUCUGAACGAGCUCUUCUUUAUCGCACUCUACCUUCUUUCUUUCUCCUCCCCAAUUCUCUCGCCGUCUCUUCUCCAGCCCUCGUCAAAUGCAGGUGCGGCCUCCCCUCAACCCGGGAACCCCGCCCACCCGUCGCCGUCCAACCUCUUCGCGAGCCCUUAUAGCGCUGGAGCUCUUGAAUUGGCGCGUGCGAACAAGAUGGAUAGCUUCAUUCCUUGGGUUCUCGCUGCCAUUUCCUUCCCUAUCAUGGCUGCCAAGCAGUUGAUCAAUGUAGUUCAGCUUGUCAAGGCUAGCUGCUGGAUUGCCGAGGGUGAUCUCGAAGCGCGCGAAGCCGCCCGGCAGUCCAAGGAGUAG